GAACACGGCGUCAGAAGUAACCUGGAAGCUCCCUUCCGCGAGCAGACAAAGUCAUUGUCCGCUUCAGCCUCGCUCCGACCGAGGCUUCCGGGCCACAGAUUUGCAGGCGGCAGGCGGGGCGCUGGAGGAGCCCGAACUUAUUAAAAACACGAAGCCCCAACCCUUUUGAAAACAAUAUUUAUAUAUAUAUAGACGCACAAACGCCGGUGCUAAUCCUCGCUCUUGGCAGCGGGGAGAGGAGGAGGCGGCGGCAUCUAAUCGCGGGCGAAUCACAGAACGAACCGAGGCGGGCUCUCGCGCAAACGGGGCGCAGCAGCAGGAGGAGAAGCGCGCGCGGCGCCUGGAGAAGCGGCAGCUGCUGCUCGCCCGUCCGGGGCUUUGCCAGACGGCGGGGGGAAUUAAAGCCGCCCAGGCACGACGCCGGCCUUCCGCAGCCGCCCGGUCUUCUAGGCUGACCCCGGCGAGGUGGGCGGGCCUGCGCGCCGCCGGGUCCCCCAGGAAAGGGCGGGGAGCGAGGCCGGCCUCCUCGCUGGUGUGGAGCAGCCUCUCCGGCGCCGUGUUUACAUCCGGCGCCGCUUGCCCUGGGCUGCCCUGCUCCUCCUCCUCCUGGGCCUGCUCCCGCUGAAGCCGCCUUCGCUCCCCUAGGCCGGGUCAAUGCGGCGCUUUCCGGCGGGCUAUGGACACCAGCGACCUCUUCACCAGCUGCAAGAAGGGCGAUGUUUUCCGAGUGCGAUACCUUCUUGAACAGAGAGAUGUUGAAAUCAAUGUCCGGGAUAAAUGGGACAGUACCCCUUUGUAUUAUGCUUGUCUCUGUGGACAUGAAGAGCUUGUACGGUACCUUUUAGCCAACGGUGCCAAAUGUGAAGCAAACACCUUUGAUGGCGAGCGUUGUUUAUAUGGGGCCCUGAGUGAUGCUAUUCGGCGGGUGUUAAAGGAGUACAAGCAGAUCACAGCAAAGUGCAUGAAGAGAGACUACUAUGAUGUCUUCCUUCAACGACUUCUGGAACAGGGUUACCAGAGUGACAUUGUAUUCAUUGUGCAUGGGAAGUCUUUCUGCGCCCAUCGCUGCAUUCUCGGUGCCCGGAGUGCAUAUUUUGCAGAAAUGUUUGAGACCAAGUGGAAGGGGAAGAAUAUCAUAGCACUAAAGCAUCCAUUGAUCAACCCAGCUGCCUUUGGUUCCCUUCUCCAGUACCUCUAUACAGGCCGUUUAGACAUAGAUGUAGAAUAUGUGAGCGACUGCAAAAGAUUGGCAAAACAAUGUCGGCUCCAGGAUCUCAUCGAAGACUUGGAAACCAAGUGUAAAAAGGUGCAUGAAUUUGUUUCUUCCAAGCCAGGGACCUGUGUGAAGGUGCUGACGAUUGAGCCCCCAGGUAACUCGCGGCUACAGGAAGACCUGGCUCUGCUAGCAGACUGCGCCCUGCCAGCCGAACUCAGGGUAGGUUUUGGAGAGUUGCCUUUUGACAGCACUGACAACUUUAGCAGCUGUCCUGACGUUUGUUUCCGGGUGGCAGAAUACAAUUUCUUGUGUCACAAGGCAUUUUUCUGUGGCCGCAGUGACUAUUUCAAAGCACUCCUAGAGGAUCACUUCUCUGAAAGCGAGGAGCUGCAGACCCAACCUAGCAUCCCUGUAGUUACCCUCCAUAACAUUUCAGAGGAAAUCUUCAUCAGGGUCCUCUAUUACAUCUACAGUGAUGACACAGAGCUGUCUCCUGAUAAUGCCUACGAAGUGCUUUGCGUCGCAGACAUGUACCUGUUACCUGGGCUCAAGCGCCUUUGUGGGAGGACUUUGGCCCAGGUUCUCGAUGAGGAAAGUGUUGUCAGCAUCUGGAAGAUCGCAAAGCUGUUUCAGCUGACCCGGCUGGAGGACCAGUGCACGGAGUACAUGGCAAAGAUCAUUGAGAAGCUAGUGGAGUUUGAGGAGUUUGCUGUGGCAGUGAAGGAGAAUGCUGAGGCAGUUGAAGAACGGCAGGAGACAGACUCAAUCCCUCUUGUUGACGACAUCCGUUUCCACAUAACCAGCAACGUGCAAACAUACAGUGCAAUUGAAGAAGCCAAUCAGAAACUGGAAGCUCUGGAUAAUCUUCUGGCCAGCAUAGGACUUGAAUGCUAAUCUGGGACAUCACCCUGUGUGACUUCACAGUAGAUCAGCUCAGAGUUCCCUCUCCUCGCCCCCCCCCCCCGGGGUUUUGUAGCUGCUUUCCCCUUUUAUGCAUAAUUUCAGUUUCUAACUUAACAUUCUGAUAAUUGCAUACUGAUCUACCUUUCUUCUCAUGAGAACCAGGUCCCCGGAAGCAGCUCAGAUUUGAAAACAUUGCUGCUUGUACAAGAUAGUGCUGAUGGGGGAUCUGCAAACCAAAUUGAAUGAAUGUAUUGAUUGGCAUAUUGUGAGGCUGCCAGAUGUUGCAGGCCAGCGAUGCCUAGUGAAAAUUGGUGCAGCCUGCAAGAACAUUGGCACAACACCUUCCUGCAAGCAGAUUAAAUUCAAGGCAGUUGCUGGUUAAUGAA